CAUCAGUAGGCGUGCGGGCACGCUAGGGACUGCUCGGUUGCUCGUGGUCCGCGUUCUGUUAUAAUAAUUAAAUGUGUAUCAUAUUUUAGUUUGUGGACUAUGUAAACAAAAAAACGUGAUACUGUGGCCCAAACACACUUGUUCAUUACCAAAAUGGGUCGUGCGGAUGCAUAAGAAAUAAGACGUUAUCUCUGUGUGUUUAUAAAAUCAUUUGAGGUUAUGUGUAGUGAUCAUUUGUUAUGCCGUAAUUUGGUGCCAUUUUUAUUAUGGAAUAACAUUUUUCCAACAUGUUCGGUGCGCUGAAAAGACGUUUUCGGAAAAGAGCGGAUAGCAUCGGAUCGUCGGAUUUGGCACCGACGCCUUGUCCGGGGCUCGGGGAAUCAUUUGCGAACGAUACCGCCGAGCCUCGUGAACUCUGCGAACCAGCGCCGCCUUACUCCAGAAUGUUGCAAGUGCAGGCCGGACGCAUCGAACUGGUCAACUCGCAGAGUCGAGCUCGCCAUGCGGACACGGCCGCGAUGGAGGCUCGCAUCAGGGAACUGGAGGAAUCCCUGAGGGCGCUCCAGCAGCUCCUGAAUUCGGAGGUGGCCGCUUCGAAACGCAAUCAAAAUGACAAAAAUUUGGAAGAUAAACUCUUGCAUAUGCAGCGCGUGGCGCGCGAACAAGAGCGUGCUUCGCAGCAGCUCAGUCGGGAGCACAGGGCGACCGCUGCGGCACAAGAAGCGGCAAUUUCGAGACUUCGCGGAGAAAACCGGCUGCUGCGAAUACAGGCGCGGCAAUACGAACGGUGUCUCGAUGAAGUCGGCAGAAGGGUCGUGGCAACGCUUCUCGAACAGAAGUCGCUGCGCGAAGAAGUAUCUGCCCUAAAAGCCCGCUCAAGUGACCUGGAACGCCGCAACUGCGCCCUCGCCGCAAUGCUGGCUCCUGGUUUCGCGAGUAGCAGUACCAGUGGCGGCAAUAUUAGCGGCAGCAGCACCAGCACGGCAACCACAGGCAUCAACGGAUGUUUGUCUAAUGGUGGACCAGCGGGCGAACAUCAACUUCGCCAGCAGCAGUUGUCGUUGCUGCGCGCUUUGCAGCUGGCUGUGACUGCUUCACAAGAUAGUGCCGCGUCAGGUUCGCCACGAGAUGAGGGUUAUAGCACUAUGUCUUCCGAGGCGUUCUGUGCCUGCACUUCCACGAAAGCUCCAGGUGAAUUAGAGGAUCUAAUUGAAGAACCUGAGACACAAGCGCCGUCCACGUUUAUCAAAAGUCUGCCGGGAUAUCAUUCCAGCAAUCUCUGCAGCACUUUACCUUUACACACAAGAGUAUGGAGUAAAUCUGAUUCGAAUUUAAAUCGCGCAAACUUUGAUCCACACCAUCAUCUCAAUGAAUUGAAAGAUCGUGUUGAGUUUGGCACUGCUUCAUGGUCAGUUGAAGAUUUAGGGGCCGGAUUAGAGGAAGAUUGUAGCGAAAUGUUAUGGAAUCAAGCAAGUUUUCUUCAUAGAGGCAUGUCCAAACAAAAUUGCGAUGCUAGUUUGCCACAUCUGGCUUCUGAUGACACGCUGUUUGAUCAGUUCAGUAAUAAUUUUUCAAGAUUGUCUUUAAACACGCAAUCUAAUCUGCCGAGCGGAUUGAGUACUUCAAACUCGAGUCUGCAUUCGGAAGUAGCUGCGCUUGGACGCGAUUUUUCAAAAGACUUUUACACACUGGUGCGAGUUGCAAGUGAAAAGAGCUUCAGUGAAGAAAUUAGAUUUGAGCAGUGUUUAAAGAGUCCAGAUUGUGAAACGAAUUCAGACAGCAGCAGUUCAAGUGAAGCUGAUGGUGGUUUAUUGCAGGAAGUACUAAGCGCUUGUGGUGCUUUGGGUCGGCAUGGUAAGACUGGCUGGGUUGCUGUGAGAGCUGAUUUAGACCCAAAGACAAGAGAGAGUCUUAUUGAAUGCGAGCACAGUUCUUCUGAUUCCGAAUUUGAAAUACUGAAUCCUGCCUAAUGUUUACUUCAACACCAAGGUGAUUUAUCAUGCCUUCCACAAUGUAAAUAAUUUAAAAUAUAGAC